AUGGAUAAUGUUUGGGACAUUGCUGCAGCCUCUGCUUAUAAUGCACAGAAUCAUACUGAUGCAUGUCUUUUUUUGAAUUUCUCUGUUAUUACCGUCAUGAAAAUUCUUUCCUGGAACUGUCAAGGUAUCUCUCUUGGCUGGAAAAAUGGAAUUGAUAUUGAAAUCAUGCAUACAACCUCUAAAACUAUCCAUGCUAUUGUCCAUACUCAUGAUAAUAAUAUGGAUUUCUUGAUAACCUUCAUGUAUGGUGCUCAUGAUGAUACAGAAAAUGCUAACCAGUGGCAAUAUCUUAUUAAUAUGCAUUUGUUUGUUGAUCUUCCUUGGGUUCUUCUAGGUGAUUUAAACUUCACCAUGCAUGACUCCGAAACACAUAGCUCUAGUGUCACUCAUCCUCAUCAUGCUAGACAUGUUAGAAAUUUUGUUCAGCAACUAGGUCUCAUUGACUUAGGUUACUCAGGAGCUGACACAACUUGGUCAAAUCAUCGUAGUGGAGAUGAUCAUGUCUCUGCUCGUCUAGAUAGAGCUUUAGUAAAUCGCUGGAUCAACCACUACACAAAUGCACAUCUUCAACAUUUAGUACCUGUUGCUUCGGAUCACAGCCCGAUUUUGCUACAUACAGUUCCUUCUGCUACAAAACAUUCUCCUUUUAAACUCUACAAGUGUUGGUUUAAAAUGGAUUCUUGUACUGAUACUAUUGCACGCAGCUGGCAGCAACGAUUUUCGGGGUCUCCUUCGUUUCAGUUUUCUAGUAAAUUAAAACUAACCAGAACUCAGCUGCAGAUAUGGAAACGACUUUCUUUUGGCAACAUCGAGAAUAACCUUCAAAAUAUUCAGAAGCAGCUACAAUUUUGCUAUGACCGCAAUUUGCCUUCUUCUCAUCCUCAAGUUAAGCAUCUAAGCUCUUCCUUGCAGCAAUGGCUUUUGAUUCAAAAAGAGUUUUUCAUGCAAAAAGCAGGUGAUAAAGCUCUUGAAGCAGAUAGAAACACUUCUUAUUUUCACUCGAUAGUCAAUUACAAUAAGAGAAGGUCAACUAUCAAUUCUAUCCAGGGUCCCUUGGGCAUUUGGUUUGAUAGCAGAAGUGAUAUUGAAGCUAUAUUUACUAACCAUUUUAAGAAUAUUGCUACUUCUUCUAAGCCUCAGAUUAAUAACGAGAUUCUGCAGCUUUUUCAACCUUGUGUUUCAGAAAUACAGAACAAUUGCCUUAUCCAGGUGCCUCAUGCUCAAGAAAUAAAGGAUGUGGUAUUUCAAAUCAAGCCUUGGGCUUCUCCGGGUAAUGAUGGGUUCCAAGCUGGAUUUUAUCAACAUUGUUGGGAUGUUGUUGGCACUGAGGUAAUCUCCAUGGUUCAAUACUUUUUCACUCAUAAACAUAUGCUCAAAGCCAUCAAUCAUACAUAUCAGGUUUUAAUCCCUAAAAUUUCAAACCCAAAAACACCUGCUGAUUACAGACCCAUAAGUCUGUGCAAUGUUAGCUAUAAAAUUAUUUCUAAAAUUUUAGCUAACCGUCUUAAACCCCUUCUUCCUGAUAUUAUCUCCCCUACUCAAACUGCCUUUGUUGCAGGAAGACAUAUCCAUGACAAUAUCAUUAUUGCUCAUGAGAUUUUGUUUAGUAUGAAACGUAAAAAGAUUAAGAAGGCUUUGGUUGGUUUGAAAUUAGACAUGUCGAAAGCUUUCGACAGGGUUGAAUGGUCAUUUCUGCUUUCCAUCUUUCGGCAAUUGGGUUUUCAUAAUGAUUGGAUUAGUUUAAUAGAGCAUCUUAAUGUGGACUCUGGUUGUCUUUCAGGGAUUAGAAUUAAUCAUCACUGCCCUUUAAUUAAUCAUCUGUUCUUCGCGGAUGAUUGUUUGUUAUUUUUUGAAGCUGAUUCUACUCAAAUGGCAGCUUCAACACUUGCUUCAUAUAUUUGGACAAGCUUCAGGUCAGUUAUGGGACUUGGCGAAAAAUACUUGGGUAUACCUCUUCUGCUGCAUAGAUCCAGACAUAAGAACUGUCAGGGUGUUAUUGAUAACAUGAAUAAUAGAUUGCAGGGCUGGCAGAGCAAAAUUGUGAAUCAAGCAGGAAGAACUACUCAGGUUUUCAAACUACCUGAACAACUCUUCAACAAAUGGAAAAAUUCAGAGAAGCUAUUGGUGGAACAGUUAUCAAGCCACGUUCUCAAAAGUACAUUUCUUGGAGAAAGGUAUGUUUACCUAAAAGUAGGUGGUUUAGGACUUAAAAAUUUAUGCAACUAUAACUUAGCUUUUCUUGCGAAACUAGCUUGGCAAUUGUUACAUAACCAAGAUGCUUUAUGGGCGAAGUUGUUGAAAGGUAAACAUUUUCCUCAUCAUGACCUGCGUUUCUUCCCUCCACCGGACUGGGGUGAUUUGAAUACUUCUAACUAUCAGUUGGUUUCUGAUCUUAUAGAUACUGAUACUGAACAGUGGAAUGUGUCGCUUCUUCGCCUUCUCUUUACAGCUGAUCAGGUGAACUCCAUUUUAACCAUUCCCAUUCAGUUAGAUCAAGAGGAUAAAUUAAUCUGGCCCUUUACAACCACUGGUAUUUUUACUACUGCCUCAACUUAUAAGAUGUUGUGUGAUAAAGAUAUCCUAACAGAUAACUCCAUGGGUUUAUCUCAACAUUUUUGGUUAUCUUUUUGGAAGUUGAAAGUACCUUACAAGUUUCAGAUUUUCCUGUGGAGAGCUAUUCACAAUGCUGUUCCAGUCAAAGCAAGAAUUUUCACCCAUGUGCAUAAUGCUGAUUUACACUGUGUACUUUGCAACCACAAUCAAAUGGAAGAUCUGGACCAUCUUUUACUUCAUUUCCCUUUCUCUAGGGCAAUAUGGCAGUAUUUUUUACCUCAUCCGUUUCACUUUAUUUUGCAGCACUCUUCUCUCUUAUCUUGGAUUCAGACUUGGCAACUCAAAGACUCCAUCAUCAACAUCCAGAAGUCCCCUGAGAUUGUUCACUUAGCUAUGUGCAUCAUGCAUUUCAUAUGGAAGCUUCGAUGUAGUGUUGUUUCUAACAAUACCACUCCCAACCAUAACUCUGUAAUCCAUCAGGUCACUUCAUACAUUCUCCAGCAUCAUCUAGGAAACACUCCUGCUAACUACAAUCAUCCUAAUGUUCAUAAUAAGCUUUUACAUCAUAAAUGGGAACCUCCUCCUUUGCAGUACCUAAAAAUUAAUAUCGAUGCUUCUUAUAAUUCUAGUUCUUUGUUAGCUGGUAUUGGAAUUAUAAUUCGGAACUCUACAGGGGCAUAUGUCAUGGGAAGGGGAGCCUUGAGAAGAGCUAGUAAUGCUCAACAGGCCGAAGCAUGGGCAAUUUUGGAGGCUAUGCAACUGGCAGAUUCAAAUGGUUGGUCUCAUGUGAUUUUUGAAUCUGAUAAUCUGGGAAUUUGUUCUUUUCUUCAACAACAAUCUUCUCUUUGUCACUGGCAGAAUAUGCCUCUUCUGCGAAAAUGUGUAAACAUAUGUAAUAUUAAUCCUGGUUGGUCUUGUAGUUUUGUGUAUAGGUCUGGUAAUAAAGCUGCAGAUGCAAUAGCGAAGGCAGUUUAUAAACAUAAUCUAUGUGGGGAUUGGUGGUUUCAUCCACCUCCUUUGUUAAUUCCCUACAUAAAUUGUGAUGUAUCAAUUUCUCAUGUUUAA